UCCUGCAGGAGUUCUUCGAGAAUCCCGCUUUUCGCCCCGACGGGAUGAAGCUCUACCCGACCCUGGUGAUCCGUGGCACUGGCCUGUACGAGCUCUGGAAAACUGGGAGAUACAAGAGCUACCCCCCCAGCACUCUGGUGGAUCUGGUGGCCCGAAUCCUGGCCCUUGUCCCCCCCUGGACUCGCGUGUACCGUGUCCAGAGGGAUAUCCCGAUGCCACUGGUGAGCUCCGGGGUGGAGCACGGCAACCUGAGGGAACUCGCCUUGGCCAGGAUGAAGGAUCUUGGGACACAGUGCCGCGACGUGAGGACGAGAGAGGUCGGAAUUCAGGAAAUCCACCACAAAGUGAGACCUUAUCAGAUUGAGCUGAUCCGAAGGGAUUACGUGGCGAACGGGGGCUGGGAGACCUUCCUGUCCUACGAAGACCCGGAGCAGGAUAUUCUGGUCGGGCUCCUGCGCCUUCGGAAGUGCUCCGAGGAAUCCUUCCGGCCGGAGCUGAAGGGAGGCGUCUCCAUCGUCCGGGAAUUGCACGUCUAUGGGAGCGUGGUCCCCGUCAGCAGCCGGGAUCCCUCCAAAUUCCAGCACCAGGGAUUUGGGAUGUUGCUGAUGGAGGAGGCGGAGAGAAUUGCCAAGGAGGAGCACGGGUCAUGGAAAAUUGCUGUGAUUUCAGGUACCUUUAUCCCUUUUUUUUAUCUAUAUAUAUUUAUAUAUAAUCUCUACCUUAAUCUGAAAAUAAACCCUCUGCAGCCACUGCAGUGUGAGGGAGAAAAUAAGGAUCAGCUGUUCCUUCGUCAUGGAGUCAAAUUCCGCUGUGGGUUUAUCCAGACAACCCUGUUGUGGGGAGAGGAUGCUCCCCAAGGAUCCAUCCCAAGGGCUGAAGGAUGAGGAUUUCUGUGACCA